AUGUUAAAGGGGAGCUACAUCUCCUCCCCCCUCUGUCCUCCCCCCUCUGUCCUCAGUCUCUGUCCUCCCCCCUCUGUCCUCCCCCCUCUGUCCUCAGUCUCUGUCCUCCCCCCUCUGUCCUCCCCCCUCUGUCCUCCCCCUCUGUCCUCCCCCCUCUGUCCUCCCCCUCUGUCCUCCCCCCUCUGUCCUCCCCCUCUGUCCUCAGUCUCUGUCCUCCCCCCUCUGUCCUCCCCCCUCUGUCCUCCCCCCUCUGUCCUCCCCCUCUGUCCUCCCCCUCUGUCCUCCCCCCUCUGUCCUCCCCCUCUGUCCUCAGUCUCUGUCCUCCCCCCUCUGUCCUCCCCCUCUGUCCUUCCCCCUCUGUCCUCCCCCUCUGUCCUCCCCCCUCUGUCCUCCCCCUCUGUCCUCCCCCCUCUGUCCUCCCCCUCUGUCCUCCCCCCUCUGUCCUCCCCCUCUGUCCUCCCCCCUCUGUCCUCCCCCUCUGUCCUCAGUCUCUGUCCUCCCCCCUCUGUCCUCCCCCCUCUGUCCUCCCCCCUCUGUCCUCCCCCCUCUGUCCUCCCCCUCUGUCCUCCCCCCUCUGUCCUCCCCCUCUGUCCUCCCCCCUCUGUCCUCCCCCUCUGUCCUGCCCCCUCUGUCCUCCCCCUCUGUCCUCCCCCCUCUGUCCUCCCCCUCUGUCCUCCCCCCUCUGUCCUCCCCCUCUGUCCUCCCCCUCUGUCCUCCCCCCUCUGUCCUCCCCCCUCUGUCCUCCCCUUCUGUCCUCCCCCCUCUGUCCUCCCCCCUCUGUCCUCCCCCUCUGUCCUCACCCCUCUGUCCUCCCCCUCUGUCCUCCCCCUCUGUCCUCCCCCUCUGUCCUCCCCCCUCUGUCCUCCCCCUCUGUCCUCCCCCUCUGUCCUCACCCCUCUGUCCUCAGUCUCUGUCCUCACCCCUCUGUCCUCAGUCUCUGUCCUCACCCCUCUGUCCUCAGUCUCUGUCCUCACCCCUCUGUCCUCCCCCCUCUGUCCUCACCCCUCUGUCCUCCCCCUCUGUCCUCACCCCUCUGUCCUCCCCCUCUGUCCUCACCCCUCUGUCCUCCCCCUCUGUCCUCCCCCCUCUGUCCUCCCCCCUCUGUCCUCCCCUUCUGUCCUCCCCCCUCUGUCCUCCCCCCUCUGUCCUCCCCCUCUGUCCUCACCCCUCUGUCCUCCCCCUCUGUCCUCCCCCUCUGUCCUCCCCCUCUGUCCUCCCCCCUCUGUCCUCCCCCUCUGUCCUCCCCCUCUGUCCUCACCCCUCUGUCCUCAGUCUCUGUCCUCACCCCUCUGUCCUCAGUCUCUGUCCUCACCCCUCUGUCCUCAGUCUCUGUCCUCACCCCUCUGUCCUCCCCCCUCUGUCCUCACCCCUCUGUCCUCCCCCUCUGUCCUCACCCCUCUGUCCUCCCCCUCUGUCCUCACCCCUCUGUCCUCACCCCUCUGUCCUCACCCCUCUGUCCUCACCCCUCUGUCCUCCCCCUCUGUCCUCACCCCUCUGUCCUCACCCCUCUGUCCUCCCCCUCUGUCCUCACCCCUCUGUCCUCAGUCUCUGUCCUCACCCCUCUGUCCUCAGUCUCUGUCCUCACCCCUCUGUCCUCAGUCUCUGUCCUCACCCCUCUGUCCUCCCCCCUCUGUCCUCACCCCUCUGUCCUCCCCCUCUGUCCUCACCCCUCUGUCCUCCCCCUCUGUCCUCACCCCUCUGUCCUCACCCCUCUGUCCUCACCCCUCUGUCCUCCCCCUCUGUCCUCCCCCUCUGUCCUCACCCCUCUGUCCUCCCCCUCUGUCCUCCCCCCUCUGUCCUCCCCCCUCUGUCCUCCCCCUCUGUCCUCCCCCCUCUGUCCUCCCCCUCUGUCCUCCCCCCUCUGUCCUCCCCCUCUGUCCUCCCCCCUCUGUCCUCACCCCUCUGUCCUCCCCCCUCUGUCCUCAGUCUCUGUCCUCCCCCCUCUGUCCUCCCCCCUCUGUUCUCCCCCUCUGUCCUCCCCCUCUGUCCUCCCCCUCUGUCCUCCCCCCUCUGUCCUCCCCCUCUGUCCUCACCCCUCUGUCCUCCCCCUCUGUCCUCACCCCUCUGUCCUCACCCCUCUGUCCUCCCCCUCUGUCCUCCCCCUCUGUCCUCACCCCUCUGUCCUCCCCCUCUGUCCUCCCCCCUCUGUCCUCCCCCCUCUGUCCUCCCCCUCUGUCCUCCCCCCUCUGUCCUCCCCCUCUGUCCUCCCCCCUCUGUCCUCCCCCUCUGUCCUCCCCCCUCUGUCCUCACCCCUCUGUCCUCCCCCCUCUGUCCUCCCCCUCUGUCCUCCCCCUCUGUCCUCACCCCUCUGUCCUCAGUCUCUGUCCUCCCCCCUCUGUCCUCAGUCUCUGUCCUCACCCCUCUGUCCUCACCCCUCUGUCCUCCCCCUCUGUCCUCACCCCUCUGUCCUCCCCCUCUGUCCUCACCCCUCUGUCCUCACCCCUCUGUCCUCCCCCUCUGUCCUCCCCCUCUGUCCUCCCCCUCUGUCCUCCCCCUCUGUCCUCCCCCCUCUGUCCUCCCCCUCUGUCCUCCCCUCUGUCCUCCCCCCUCUGUCCUCCCCCUCUGUCCUCCCCCCUCUGUCCUCCCCCUCUGUCCUCCCCCUCUGUCCUCCCCCUCUGUCCUCCCCCCUCUGUCCUCCCCCUCUGUCCUCCCCCCUCUGUCCUCCCCCUCUGUCCUCCCCCUCUGUCCUCCCCCUCUGUCCUCCCCCUCUGUCCUCCCCCCUCUGUCCUCCCCCUCUGUCCUCCCCCCUGUCCUCCCCCUCUGUCCUCCCCCCUCUGUCCUCCCCCUCUGUCCUCCCCCUCUGUCCUCCCCCUCUGUCCUCCCCCUCUGUCCUCCCCCUCUGUCCUCCCCCUCUGUCCUCCCCCUCUGUCCUCCCCCUCUGUCCUCACCCCUCUGUCCUCAGUCUCUGUCCUCACCCCUCUGUCCUCAGUCUCUGUCCUCACCCCUCUGUCCUCAGUCUCUGUCCUCACCCCUCUGUCCUCCCCCCUCUGUCCUCACCCCUCUGUCCUCCCCCUCUGUCCUCACCCCUCUGUCCUCCCCCUCUGUCCUCCCCUCUGUCCUCCCCUCUGUCCUCACCCCUCUGUCCUCACCCCUCUGUCCUCCCCCUCUGUCCUCACCCCUCUGUCCUCAGUCUCUGUCCUCACCCCUCUGUCCUCAGUCUCUGUCCUCACCCCUCUGUCCUCAGUCUCUGUCCUCACCCCUCUGUCCUCCCCCUCUGUCCUCACCCCUCUGUCCUCCCCCUCUGUCCUCACCCCUCUGUCCUCCCCCUCUGUCCUCACCCCUCUGUCCUCCCCCUCUGUCCUCACCCCUCUGUCCUCACCCCUCUGUCCUCACCCCUCUGUCCUCCCCCUCUGUCCUCCCCCUCUGUCCUCACCCCUCUGUCCUCCCCCUCUGUCCUCCCCCCUCUGUCCUCCCCCCUCUGUCCUCCCCCUCUGUCCUCCCCCCUCUGUCCUCCCCCCUCUGUCCUCCCCCUCUGUCCUCCCCCCUCUGUCCUCACCCCUCUGUCCUCCCCCCUCUGUCCUCAGUCUCUGUCCUCCCCCCUCUGUCCUCCCCCCUCUGUCCUCCCCCCUCUGUUCUCCCCCCUCUGUCCUCCCCCUCUGUCCUCCCCCCUCUGUCCUCCCCCUCUGUCCUCCCCCCUCUGUCCUCCCCCUCUGUCCUCCCCCCUCUGUCCUCCCCCUCUGUCCUCCCCCCUCUGUCCUCCCCCUCUGUCCUCCCCCCUCUGUCCUCCCCCUCUGUCCUCCCCCCUCUGUCCUCCCCCUCUGUCCUCCCCCUCUGUCCUCACCCCUCUGUCCUCAGUCUCUGUCCUCCCCCCUCUGUCCUCAGUCUCUGUCCUCACCCCUCUGUCCUCACCCCUCUGUCCUCCCCCUCUGUCCUCACCCCUCUGUCCUCCCCCUCUGUCCUCACCCCUCUGUCCUCACCCCUCUGUCCUCCCCCUCUGUCCUCCCCCUCUGUCCUCCCCCUCUGUCCUCACCCCUCUGUCCUCCCCCUCUGUCCUCCACCCUCUGUCUUCCCCCUCCUCCCCUCUCCUCUCCCUCUCCUCACCCCCUCCCCCCUCCUCCCCCUCUCCUCUCCAGACAUAUUGCGUCUCCACAUUACCAUCUUUAA